GAACUUGAGAAUCUAAAUGAUGCUCCAUUUUCUGGUGAUGAAGAAAAUGGUGGGUCUGAGGAACGAAAAACUGAAAUCAAUGGAAAUUGGAUUCCUGCAACUUCAAUUACUGAAGCCAAAAUAAAUGCUAAAGCAAAGAGGCGGUUGAGGAAAAACUCCUCUAGAGAUUCUGGGAGAGGAGACUCUGUUAGUGAGAACGGAGAGACGCUGAAGGUUGGAGUUGUACCAACGAGCCCAAAGGGGAAACUCCUGGACAGGCGAUCCCGGUCUGGAAAGGGAAGAGGUCUACCGAAGAAAGGUGGAGCAGGUGGUAAAGGAGUUUGGGGAACACCAGGUCAAGUUUAUGAUGUGGAAGAAGUAGAUAUUAAGGAUCCUAAUUAUGAUGAUGACCAG